UAGCGGAAGUCCGCCCAAGCCACUCCCAUCCUUCCCGCGCUGCACGUCAGCCUGGGGCAGCAGUUUGGUAGGUUGGUAGGGUAAGUACUCCGUAGCAAGUUAGCAUGUUUGUUGGUCGGCAGGAAGGAGCAGCAACACUGCCUCGACUGACUGAGGGACCGACCGGUCGUGGGUUUGUGCCCGUGCCUGUUGCCCGUGCCUGUUGGGCCAAGUUAUCUGGCUUUUCGCCUUUUCAGCUGGUGCCGUCCUUUUGAUGAUCAAUCACAGCCACUGCGCCUCAGAGCCCAACCUUGGCAGACCCGUCACCCGUCCCGCUUGCAGGCAUGUCGACUUUUGACUUGUGUAUGACCCGAAAGCGAUAGUGACGAACCGCCGAGCAUUCAUCAGUACUUAUUAUUCCUGUUCCCGUCUCCGGGGCUCUUCUGCAGCCCGUCUGUCGCCUUUACACCCACACACCUACAGCUGAUUGUCGACCUGUAAUCCCUACCCUUUUUUUUUCUUGCCUUCUGGAAUAAAGUUUCUCGAUUAGGUAUCAGACAGCAACUCACCUUGGUCUCGUGCGACACCAAGUCAACAUCACCACAGGUGCAGCUCGAGCACCGUUUGUCUGACCACUCCAUCAAGUGCGGCUCGCAGCUCUAAGCUCGCAGCUCUCAGCUCGCAGCUCGCGGCACACGUCACACGUCACAUCGAUAAUGUCAUACGGGGCCUAUCAACCCUACGGACAACCACCGCCUCAGGGUCAGUGGGGAGCUCCUCCUCCUCCUCCUCCCCAGGGUGGGGGCUACGGAUACAACGGGGGCUAUAACCAGGCACCGCCAUAUCCUCCCCAGGGCCACUCUCCAUACCCGCCCUCGCCCUACGGACAUCCCCCACCACCUCACCAGGGCGGCUACGGCGCCCCGCCGCCAGGACCUCCACCGUCUGAACUCUACGGCUCGCCCGCACCGCCACCAGGGGGCGCACAUGGCUACUACCCCAGCCAACCUCCUCCGCCAGGGCCGCGACCACCGCCUGCCCAGUACGGAGGACAGGCCCAGUAUGGCGCCCCGCCGCCGUCAGGGCCCCCGACGGCCCCGUCUCCCGGCUACGGCCCCAUGCACCAGAUCCAGUGGGACCCGAACCCGACCGCCGACGCCCUGAGGAAGGCCAUGAAGGGCUUCGGCACCGACGAGAAGGCCCUGAUCCGCGAGCUGGCCGACAAGGACCCCUUCCAGAUCCACGCCAUCAACGAGGCCUACCAGCGCAACCACCGCCGCAACCUGGUCGCCGACCUCAAGAGCGAGACCUCGGGCUGGUUCGAGUACGGCCUGAUGAUGCUCGCCCGCGGGCCCCUCCUGGCCGACGUCCACCUCCUGCACGACGCCAUGGCCGGCCCCGGCACCAAGGAGCGCGCCCUCAACGACGUGCUGCUCGGGCGCAGCAACGCCGACAUCAACGCCAUCAAGGCCGCCUACCAACACACCUUCAAGCGCGACCUGGUGGCCGCCGUCAAGGACGACCUCUCCAUGAAGACGGAGCGCCACUUCGAGAUCGUCCUGUCCGCCCGCCGCGCCGAGGACUCGGCCCCCGUGAUCAAGCCCGACGUCGACCGCGACGUCGACGCCAUCUACGCCGCGACCGAGGGCAAGCUCGGCACCGACGAGAUGCGCGUGUGCUCGAUCCUGUCGACGCGCAACGACGACCAGAUCCGCGCCAUCGCGCACGAGUACCGCCUGAAAUACGCCCGCGACCUCGAGACCGUCAUCCGCAAGGAGUUCAGCGGGCACAUGGAGGACGCGCUGCUGUUCCAGCUGCGCCGCGGGCUGGACCGCUACAUGCACCAGGCCGCGCUGCUCGAGGACGCCAUGGCCGGGGCGGGCACCAAGGACUACCUGCUGGUCUCGAGGGUCGUGCGCUCGCACUGGGACCGGGCCAACAUGGCGAAUGUCAAGGGGGCCUUUGAGAAGCGGUACGGGCGGAGUCUGAGCCGCCGGAUCAAGGGGGAGACGAGCGGGGACUACGAGAGGUUGAUGAUUGCUUGUAUUGGGGAGCGCUAACCUGCCCAGGCGGACUGUGUUCUGGGUGUGGGCUUUUUCCUUGGGUUGGCUUGGUUUGGGCUCGGCUGGGUUGAUGAGACAUGAUUGACGCGCAGCAUUAUUCCCCCUUUUCGAUUGUACAUAUUCCUCUUCUUGGGCUUUGGGAACGGAAUACCUAGGUACCUACUUAUAAGAAUGCUAAUGCCAUU